GUAGGUAAUAUGUGUCCAGGAAUAUAUCCAUUUCUUCUAGGUUUCCCAGUUUGUUGGCAUAUAGCUCUUUGUAGUAAUUUCUGAUGACUCUUUUUAUUUCUGUGGUAUCUGUUGUUAUAUUUCAUUUUUCAUCUGUAAUUGUAUUGACUUGGUUUUCUCUCUUUUUUUGGUUAGUUGGGCCAAUGGUGUGUCAAUUUAUUUUUUCAAAAACAAACAAACAAAAACCCCAGCUCUUCAUUUUGCUUAUAUUUUGUAUUUUUUUGUUUCAAUUAUGUUGAUUUCUUCUAUGAUUUUAAUUAUUUCUCUUCUACUAGUUUUGGGUUUGGUUUGCCGUUGUUUUUCUGGACCCUUGAGAUGCAUUGAUAGCUCAUUUAUUUGGUGCCUUUCCAAUUUCUUGAUGUAGGCACCAAUUGCUCUAAACUUUCCUCUUAACACUGCUUUUGCUGUAUCCCAUAAAUUUUGAUAUGCUGUAUUGUCAUCUUUGUUUAUAGAAACUUUGAUUUCUUCUAUGACCCACUAUUCAUUCUGGAGCAUGUUGUUCCAUCUCCAUGUGUUUGUAUAUGUCCUAAUGAUUCCUGAGUUGCUGAUUUCCAGCUUCAUUGCAUUGUGAUCUGAGAAGAUGCAUGGUAUGAUUUUGAUUUUUUUGAAUUUGCUGAGAUUUGCUGGCCUAGCAUGUGGUCAAUCCUAGAGAAAGUUCCACGCACUGGUGAGAAGAAUGUAUUUUCUACAACUGUAUGAUGAAAUUUUCUUCAAUAUCGUCAUCUUUACAACCUAGUACUGAAGUGUUGUGUUCUUUUGGGGGCAUCAUGUUGUCUUCGUUAUUCUUGUUUCUUGAAUUGGUGUGUUUGUUAUUUGGCAUUUGUGGAGAUACUUACGGGUUCUUCGUUUUUUUCUCGGUAGUGGCUUUUAUCUUUGUACUAUAUUUCUAUAGAUUAGUGGAGUGUCUGCUUUCAGUGAAUAUCUAGAGGCAUGUGGUGGGUGUGGCCAGGGAGCUUUGUUUAGUUCUCCAGGUUUAGCAUGGUAAAUCCCUUUUAUUUUUAAUCAGUGGGGAGGUUUGUUCUCAUCUGUUGGCAUAUACUCAACUGAGCUUCCCUCCUCAAACGAGAUCAGUACCUGGCCGCCAGCCCCAGUUGGUAUAUUAUUCAUCCACUUUGCCACAAGGGCCAUAUAAAGAAUCUGUGCAGUCCUCGGUGUAAGCUCAGAUUCCCCAGCUGUGUCCCUCACCAGAGAGGGCUCAGCAUGUGUAGCCUCCCACAGUGACUGCCCAAAGUUCCAGCAUACCCUGAGUCCUCCCAUGCAGCCUCAGUGUUUUCACAGUCCAGGCAUACAAGCCUCCCACAGUGAAGAGUACCCAGCCCCCCUGUCUGUUCUCCCCACCAGACUUCAAGAGUCUCUGCUUGGCUGGUUGCUGGACACAGACAUGGGCUGGUGCAGCUGUUACAUAUGUCCAAAAUGGCACCUGCUCUCUAUCAGUUUGUUACAGAGCACCAUUGCAGGGUGGUUGGAGAGAGAGAAAUGUGUCUCCCCACCCCACUUUUUGGCAGAUGGACCCACAAGGGAGCUCUGCUGCCCAGGGGCUAAGGAGGUCCCAUCUGUGGGCUCUGUCUUAGAGCCUUAGAAAGCACAGUGCCUCCUUACAUGGUUCUAUGGCAAAUGACAUUGAGUUUCAACUAAAGAGACCAUUGCAAAAACGACAAAUAGCCUUAAAAGAUUUCUACCUAGAAACCUCAGACUGAAUCUAGUCCCACAGUUGCAAGCAUGAGUGAUGACAGAAAUCAUGGCUGAGCUGAUCACAUGUCUGUUCCCAGGACAAAUUCUCCAUCAGCCAUGUGAGGUUAAGAACAAUGACAGACCGAUAGGAUCUGCCAAGAGAUCAUUUAUGAAACUCACAUUGGACAUGAAGACUAUUUGAAAUACAAUUUAUUACCACCAUUGUUAAUGGUGGUUCUUCCCGGGUGUAUUCUCUGCGUGAGGGUUUAGCAUGACGCCAUCAACAUGAAUCAGCAUUCAGGACAGAAAGAUCAAGUGCUGCAAUUUCACUGCAAAAUACUUUGUAAUACUGUUAAAAUGCAUUGAUUUCAUUUUAUUCAUUUUUAAAAUUCAUUAACACUUGUACAUAAUUGAUGAGGGAGGAACUAGUUAUUGGAAUAUGCACUUGAACACUUCUUAUUGAUAAAGUAUGUAAUAAAAAAAUCUGGAGUCCAACUGUUCUAAACUAGUAACAGCACCAUAUGUGGCUCUUUUACAGUUGUUUGUCCUUUCGAGCGUAUGUUCAUUGUCCUAUAUACAAUUUCUCUGAAUUGUCACUGCAGUUCUGAUAGGGUAUUUUUCAUGUUAGAGCUGAGGAUUCAGGGCUCAGAGGUAUGGCUUUCUUGAAGAUAUGUGAUUAAUAAAAGACAGUGGCAGAAGGCAGGCUUCAAGGGUCUGUAAAGUCCCCAAGAUUGAGCUCCCAGUGCACCAUUUUUAGGAAAUGUUUUUCAAAAAAGAUCCGUGGAAGAUUCAGCCCCCAGUGCCUCCAGAUGUGACCUUCUUUGGAAACAGGAUCUUUACAGAAGUAGUAGGGUGAGUCCUAAUUCCAUAUGAUUGGUGUCCUCGUGAGUAAGGAUUAAUUUGGACGUGAGACAGACACAGAGGGAAGACAAAGACUCCAUAAGCCAAGGAACACGUGGGUGACAGAAGCUGAACGAGGUAAGGAAGGAUCCUUUCCCAGUGGGUUUUAGAAAGCCGAUGGCCCUGUCAACACCUUGGGUUUGGACUUUAAGCUCCAGAACUAUGGGGCAACACCUUUCUAUUAUUGUAAGCCAUCUAGUUGUGGUGCUUUGUCAUGGAAGUCCUUGGGAGCUUAAUGCAACAGCCCAUGGUUCUGAAAGGGUCGCAGGUUCCAAACACAUUUAAACCUUCUGCUAGAACCCAGCACAGUCAUAUGGAGGAAGAAGCCUGGAGGCUGGUUGUGAGUUUUCCUGCAUGCUAUGGCUAGUUAGAGAGACUCAGAGCUAGGUCUCACACAUUCUGACUCUAAGCUCAAGGUAAGGUGAAGUAAAUGCGGGGGACCUGACUUGUCUCCCUCUCCAUUAGGUUUGUGGCUGUUCCUCCUUGGUGAUCCACCUUAAUGUGGCUCAGUUCAUCUUCUGUCAAUGACUUCAAAGAAACAAGUAGAACGCAUGUUGCGUCUUUGCUUUGAUGAUAAUGGAGAUUGUAGCCUCCUUCUGGUUCUGCAUUUUAUUCCCUUCCUCCCAAAAUUCACACUUUGACCCUUCAGUGUCUAUUAAAAAGGAAAAAAAAAAGAUUACUCAGCUGUAACUAAGUAUGUGUCUCAACAGGGAUAUAGUUCAUUGGUUUGGUAUGGAUAUAUUCUCCAACUCAAAAGGAGUUUAAAAAUAACGUACCUGAUACAAAAUUGCAAGUAAGGCAGCAAUGACCCCAGGGGAAAGAAGUUUGCCAAAUGAGUUUGGCAAAGUGUAAGAGGUUUCUGAUGAAAACUGCUUCAGUUCUCGAGGAGCAUGUGUGUGAAUGGUGACCUACUUACAAAUGGACUGCAAGUUGAUGCUGAGAACUAAUUUCUUAAAUCAUUUAAUAUUUGUUGAGCAUUGACUGUGAGAAAGCACUCUAUUUGGCACAGAUUAACCAAAACAGAGUCUCUGUGCCCAUGGAGCUAACUACUAGAGGAAGAGCAAUAAUAGACAAACCAACAAACAAUAAUAUCUGCCUGAUGCUUGGUGCCUGUCUGAAGGAAAAUAAACUAGGAUAGGGAGAAUAGAGAGUGACAGUUGGGGUGGGGCUUGCUAUUAUAUGAAGUGUUAAGAGAAGGCUUCUGUGGUAAGAUAAAGUCCCAAGGAUAUAAGGAAACAAGCUGUGUCUAGGGUAAAUCUAAGUGCAAAGGCCUGGGAAUGUGAUGGCGUAUGUUAGGAAUAGCAAGGAGAAUGAGAGUAGAAGAUGCCACUGAUAGAACUGGGGACAGAUUAUGUACAGCCUUGUUGGUCAAUGUAAUGAUUUUGUAUUUUUCUAUGAAUGAGAGGAACAGCCAUUAGGGCUUGUAGUAGUGAAGUAACAUUAAGUGACUUGUAUUCAAAGCAAUCUUCUGGAUAUUACAUGAAGAACAGAAUGUAAGGGAAGGGAACGUGGUGAGAGGGGAGGUAUUUACACAAAGUGAGAGGCUCCUGUAAUAAUCCAGGUAACAGAGAAUGACAGCUGGGAACAGAGUGGAAGGGGUGGGAAAUAGAUGAGUUAUGGCUAUAGUUGAAGGCAGAGUUGAUAGGAUUGCUUAUGGAUUCAAUGUAAGGAAUGAGAGGACACAAUGAAAAUAUCAAGGCUUUUGGCUUGAGUAACUAGAAAACAGGGGUUGCCAUUUUUCAAGCUGUGAUGAUUGUGGGAGAAGCUGACUCGCUGGGCAGAUGUGUUAGGAAUUGAGAAUUCUAUUUCAGUCAUUAAGUUUGAGAUGGAGAUUUGUCACUGAGUAGAGGUGUCGUGUAGCAAGUUGACACAGGAGUCUGGAGUUCAGAGGGGACAUCUAGAUUAGAUAGCUAAAUGUGGGAGCCAUCAGCAUUGAGAUGGUAUUUAGCAUCUUGGGACAAGAGACUUCAUUUGAGCAAUGGGAAGGAAAGCAAAAGGCAGCAAGCUGUGUCUAGGGUAAAUACCCUAGAUUCCUGGUAGAUAAGGAAGAGGAGAUCUGGAGGCUCCUCGCGGGUGCAGAGGUGAGAAAGAGGAAGGGAAACCAGGAAUGCAGUUGGAGGAGUAGACACUGAGGUAAGAGGAAAAAUAAAAGAGGGUGAUAUUCCAGAAGCAAUGAAGAAAAGGUAGGGAGGGGAAGGAGGUGGAAAGACUGAUCAAUUGUAUCAAAUCCUCCUGAGUGAAGUAAGGUGAAGGCUGGGUUUGACCACUGGAUCUGAGAAUAUGGAGAGAACUGGUGAUGUCCCAAAGUGUUUUGAUGAGCUAUGGGGGAUAAAAACCUUAUCAGUGUGGGGUCUGGGAUGUUGGCAAUAUUCUAUUUCUUGAUCUGGAGGGUGAUUAUACUAGUGUUAUAUUAUACAUGUUUUAUAUUUCAAAAUAAAAAGAGAGGGGGAACGAAACCAGGAACUUGAGAUAUGAGAAUAGACAAUCAAUUUGAGAUACUUUCUCUAAAAGGGGACAGAAAAAUGAGGAUGGUGGCUGGAAGGGAAGAUGCACAAUACAUUUUGUAAGUUUCAGUGGCCAUCUGGACAUGUGGGGAUUGUAAGUGGGUGAGCUCCCCGUAUACAAGCAUAAUACUGUGGGUGGUACAUGUUAGCAGCACCCAUGUGGUGUGGUCUUUCACUAUGAGGUACACGUGGUAUAAAAACAUGUCUGAGGGAACCACGGUGUCCUGGCACUGUGCUGUGUUUGGCAUUGUUUCACCUCUCAUAGGAUGUUUUGGUACUCUGAGGAGCUAAUCUGCAUCUUUGGGGCUGAGCAUAUAAGUGUCUAAGAAUGAUAUAAAUUAGGUUUCGUCAGAGUUCAAAGUCAGAUACAUAUGUGUUUAGGAUGAUUGGAAUUAUUUAUUUAUUUAUUUUAUUUGACAGAGUUAUAGACAGUGAGAGGGAGAGAGAGAGAGAAAGGUCUUCCUUCCGUUGGUUCACUCCCCAAAUGGCCGCUACAGCCGGCCCUGCGCCGAUCCAAAGCCAGGAGCCAGGUGCUUCUUCCUGGUCUCCCAUGUGGGUGCUGGGGGCCAAGCACUUGGGCCAUGCUCCACUGCACUCCCGGGCCACAGCAGAGAGCUGUACUGGAAGAGAAACAACCGGGACUAGAACCAAGCGCCCAUAUGGGAUGCCAGCGCUGCAGAUGGAAGAUUAACCAAGUGAGCCAUGGCGCCGGCCCCUAGGAUGAUUGGAAUUAGAAUCUGGAAUAACCUCAAUGGAAUGUUUGCAUAUAAAUACGGGUGAGGUAUGAAGGACACUUCAAGGCCAAGGAGAUGAGUGAUCGGACAGGCAGGACGUCUCCCCCAGGAGUUCAGUGCGUUUGAAACUCUCUCAUGUAACCGAGGGUCCACAUCAGGCAGAACCGAGUGGAGGUGUAAAGCAAGGCUGUGGGAAGGAAAGGGAGGUAUGAACAUUUCUGAUCAAGAAGAUCGAGGAAUUCCCAGGGCCAUACCUCAUUUGGGUUGAGCCCCCAAAGGGUAGAGUUUCAGUGAGAACAGUGAGGGUAGCAACGCUGACCUUUCAGGACUGGAGUAAGAGCCUGAGCCAAGGAGAGGCUGUGCAAAAUGGGGUCCAGGCCUGGAGUUGCUGGGUAAGUGGGGCUGGAAGGUGACCUCAGAAAACAGAGUCCCGAGGGACUUGGUGGCCACGAACUCCAGGGACUUGGAAGCCCUUAGCUGCUUUUGAGAACAACAUCGAGAAUUCCACCUGUGUUUUCGAAAGAUCCUUCAAGAGCCAGAAUAAGGACGUACUGGAGAAAAUGAGAGGUCUACAUAUCUGCACAUCAUAUCUGUGUAUCUCUUGGCUCAUUCUGAAAAGUACUUAGGACCAUUUAUAAACACACAGGCUAUGCAAGGAGGUGAAAACACAUGAGGGCAGGAAUGGAAGACAAAGAGAAGAAAAUAGACAAGAUAAAUGUCAUUAGUCAAUCUUCAGCUCUGUGGAGUAGCCAUCCCAAAGGCACAUACCAACCAAAAUCCACCACCCACUUUACUUCAUCCAGAAAUGUGGUGCGAGGAAUUCAACCACUUUAUUUCACAGUGUCUUAUCAAGGAUUUUGAAAAGCGGCCUUCCGUCACUUGUCUCCUCGACCACCCAUUCAUUAAAGGAGCCCACGGAAAGGUUGUGUUUCUGCAAAAACAGCUGGCCAAGGUGCUCCAAGACCAGAAGCAUCAAAACCCCGUUGCUAAAACCAGGCAUGAAAGGAUGCAUACCAGACGACCCUAUCAUGUGCAGGAUGGUGAAAAAUACUGCUUGGAGGACGAUUUGGUCAAUCUGGAGGCUCUGGAUGAGGAUACAAUUGUUCAUCAGCUGCAGAAGCGCUAUGCAGACUUGCUGAUUUACACAUAUGUUGGAGACAUCUUAAUUGCCUUAAACCCCUUCCAGAAUCUAAGCAUAUACUCUCCACAGUUUUCCAGGCUUUAUCAUGGGGUGAAACGUGCCUCAAAUCCCCCCCACAUAUUUGCAUCAGCCGACGCUGCUUACCAGUGCAUGGUUACUUUCAGCAAAGACCAGUGUAUCGUCAUCAGUGGAGAAAGUGGCUCUGGGAAGACAGAAAGUGCCCACCUGAUUGUUCAGCACUUGACUUUCUUGGGAAAGGCCAACAACCAGACCUUGAGAGAGAAGAUUCUGCAGGUGAACCCCCUGGUGGAAGCCUUUGGGAACGCGUGCACUGUCAUCAAUGACAACUCCAGCCGUUUUGGCAAAUAUCUGGAAAUGAUGUUUACACCAACCGGAGUUGUGAUGGGGGCAAGGAUCUCUGAAUAUCUCCUUGAAAAAUCCAGAGUUAUAAAACAGGCAGCAGGAGAGAAAAAUUUUCACAUAUUUUACUAUAUUUAUGCUGGUCUUUAUCACCAAAAGAAGCUUUCUGAGUUCAGGCUUCCUGAGGAAAAACCUCCCAGGUACAUCGCUGAUGAAACUGGAAGUGUGGUGCAUGACAUCACUUCCAAGGAGUCUUACCGAAGACAAUUUGAAGCAAUUCAGCAUUGCUUCAGGAUUAUAGGGUUCACUGACAAGGAGGUGUACUCGGUAUACAGGAUCCUGGCUGGAAUUCUGAAUAUUGGAAACAUUGAGUUUGCAGCCAUCUCCUCUCAGCAUCAGACUGACAAAAGUGAGGUGCCUGAUGCCGAAGCUUUGGAAAAUGCUGCCUCUGUUCUGGGCAUCAGCCCGGAAGAGCUGCAGGAAGCCCUGACCUCCCACUGCGUGGUCACCCGCGGCGAGACCAUCGUCCGCGCCAACACUGUUGACAGGGCUGCCGACGUCCGCGACGCCAUGGCCAAAGCCCUGUACGGGAGGCUGUUCAGCUGGAUUGUGAAUCGCAUCAAUACACUGCUGCAGCCGGACAAAAACAUAUGUCACGCGGAGGACGGAAUGAACGUGGGGAUCCUGGAUAUCUUCGGGUUCGAGAACUUUCAGAGGAAUUCCUUUGAGCAGCUCUGUAUCAACAUCGCCAACGAGCAGAUCCAGUACUACUUCAAUCAGCACGUUUUUGCUCUUGAGCAGGUGGAGUAUCAGAGCGAGGGCAUCGAUGCGGUGCCCGUGGAGUAUGAGGACAAUCGGCCUCUCCUGGACAUGUUCCUCCAGAAACCCCUGGGCCUGCUUGCACUUUUGGAUGAGGAGAGCCGGUUUCCCCAAGCAACUGACCAGACCUUGGUUGACAAAUGCGAAGACCAUCUGCGAUGCAAAUACUUCUGGCGGCCCAAAGGAGUGGAGCUGUGCUUUGGCAUUCAGCACUAUGCUGGCAAGGUGUUAUAUGAUGCUUCUGGGGUUCUUGAGAAAAACAGAGACACUCUCCCAGCUGAUGUGGUUGUGGUCCUGAGGACAUCAGAAAACAAACUUCUUCAGCAACUCUUCUCAAUCCCUUUGACCAAAACAGGUAAUUUGGCCCAGACCAGAGCCAGGGUGUCGGCAGCCUCAAGAUCGUUGCCUCCCCAUUUCAGUGCUGGGAAAGCCAAAGUCGACACUCUGGAGGUGAUACGGCACCCAGAAGAAACCACAAACAUGAAGAGGCAAACCAUGGCUUCGUACUUCCGGUAUUCGCUGAUGGAUCUGCUCUCCAAAAUGGUGGUGGGACAGCCCCACUUUGUGCGCUGCAUUAAACCCAAUGACCACCGAGAGGCCCUGCAGUUCUCCAGAGAGAGGGUGCUGGCCCAGCUUCGCUCCACCGGAAUCCUGGAGACAGUCAGCAUUCGCCGGCAGGGCUACUCCCACCGCAUCCGCUUUGAGGAGUUUGUGAAAAGGUAUUAUUACUUGGCAUUCAGAGCACAUCAGACGCCUCCUCCCAGCAAAGAGAGCUGCGUUGCUAUCUUGGAAAAGUCCAGAUUGGAACACUGGGUUCUGGGAAAAACAAAGGUUUUUCUCAAAUAUUACCAUGUUGAGCAAUUAAAUUUGCUACUGCAAGAAGUCCUGGGCAGAGUGGUUGUGCUGCAGGCAUAUACCAAGGGCUGGCUCGCGGCCAGGAGAUACAAGCGAGUCCGAGAGAAGAGAGAGAAGGGGGCCACGGCCAUCCAGUCAGCCUGGAGAGGAUAUGAUGCUCGGAGGAAAUUUAAGAAAAUAAGCAACAGAAGGAGGGAGUCUGCUGUUCAUAUUCAAGCAGCUCUGCAGGGCUGUGUAGAUCACAAGAGUUAUCUAGAAGUGGAAUCCAACAACGGUCAAGCAGACACAACAAGCAACUCUUCUGUCACUGAGAAAACCCGGGACUCGCAAGCCCAGAGUUCUCCAAAAGGGUUCGAUGGCUUCGCGGGACAUGCAAAUAAGCUCUCACUGGCUGGGACUGAUUCGCCAUGCCUUGUUGCUCCAGAUCGUCAAGGACCAAGGCCCCGGGCAGCCCCUCAAAGCCUUGGUUCAGCAACUGGUCUUGCCCAGAAGCAGCGAACACCUCACCGGCGAUGUCAGCAACCCAAAAUGUUGAGUAGCCCUGAGGACACCAUGUACUAUAACCAGUUAAAUGGAACUCUAGAAUAUCAAGGGAGCAAGAGGAAGCCAAGAAAACUUGGCCAAGUCAAAGUGCUCGAUGGGGACGAUGAAUAUUACAAAGCUUUGUCUCCGGUGGACUGCAGCCCUGAGGACUCGAACUCUGCCCACCGGUUCUUUUUUUCCUCCUCACCCUCCACAGGAGACUCUUUUCUUCCCCACUGAGUUGUGCUUCCUGACCCCAAAUCUGUCCAGGGUAAGAAUAAUCAUGGUGAUGGACUGCUUGUUGUUGAAUAAGAAGGCGUUGGCUCCUUUGGACACCCAGUCCCUGCCUGAGCCUCACUGAACAAUUUGCGGGUCCCUAAACAUCUUCCCAGCUCUUUUUGACUGUCCCACGUGUGCAGUGCAGCCUGAGCAGAGCAGUCUCUCCUUUCCUCACCCCGCGGGCCUCCCUGGGAUGCUGAGAACCCCUCCCCCACAGUGAUGAGAGUCCCUCAUGCCUCCACACCUACGACAGUAACAAUCGCACCAAGGCCGGUCACAAACACUCAGAUGUCUGACUUUCCCACCAGGUCACCUGUCCACCCACGCGGAAUCCCGCCAACAGGAAUCCAGGGGUGCCUUCCCUGCUCUCUGCUCUCCCCUUUCCGUUUGCCGGGUGCUUUGUCCCCGUGCCUCUCCCAGGGUCAGAGCCCCACCGUGGGGAGCUCUCAUCCUGGAGUGUAGGCAGACAGGCCUACAUCUUCAGAUUCUUUCCACAAGGCAAAUGAACCCCUCUCAUGAAUUACUGUGCUGCAAAAGCCUUUGCCUGUUAAUCUACCUUGCCAGGAUUCCCCAGCCCCCCGCCCCGCCCUGUCAAUUUAUUAGUGAAAAAGAGAGCAGGGUGAGAGAGAGAGAGACUGUGGAUCUGUCUGAGGCCAGGCCCCCUCGUUUUGGAACUCUCCACUCGCUGGUCAGCUGUCUCCACUAGGCUGGGAGUGGCCGCCGGGGAAGGGUCUGAUCUUGUCCAUCUUGGUGUGCACGGAGCCCAGCACAGGGCCUGGCAGAGCAGGCAUCCAGCGUGUGUGGCAUGAAUGGAGAGACACUGACAUGGCUGAUAGGAAAGUUACUUUCCAUUAGGUGGUAUAUACGAUGCAUCACUUUUCUUACCUUAGAAGCUCUGACUUUUCACCCAAGAUUGGAGUAGUCCAUUACAAUGAUGCUAUAUUAUAUGCUGUAAUAUUCAGUGUGAUUCAAUAUGACAAGCUCUUCUGAGCAUUGUACUCUGUGAGAUUGCUGUGUGACAUAAAAUCAAAGCAAAACAAUAAAAACCUAAGACCCUUUCUCUAGAA